UGAACACGUUCUUGAUUUUGGUAGUGGAAGAGAUGACGCAUGCGCAGUGCUUUAAACUGACCUCAUCACGAAGCAGUCCAUUAUGUCGAUGUGAACAUGAUGUCGAGCCCGAAAGACGUCGCUGACUGGCAAGAAGAAAUCGUCAGUGCAACUAAAAAGACAGUGUGUGGCUUAUAUGAUUGUUAUUCUGAAAUUCGUAUGAUGCCCUUGUUUGCUACGGUGGAUUUGCGUAUAACCACCUGCCUGUUACAGUCUUAUCAGAAUGGAUUCGAUGUGUAAAACCAGGUGGCUACAUCAUCAACUCAUUUCGUAUAAAGUGGAUGACAAACUGCCCAAUGUACAACGAAGGGAAGUUAGAAACCGAAAUGGAAAGAUUAGAAAAGGAAAAGAAGUGGACUCUGAUCAGUAAAGACGUUACGGAUGCGGACGAUGAUACAUGUGUUGUUAUGUAUGUUCAUCAAGUUAAGAAAUUUCACGGCCAAACAACUCCACUAAACUAAACCUCAUAUUGAGAUUUAGUUUGUGUAAAGCAUCGUGUGUGUAUGUUUGUCUUGUGAAAGGGAUUGUCGCCUACAAAGUAGGACAGUGGUAAUUUUCGCUAUUGACAAUCCUUGGUGCAUGUUUUGCAUGCCUAUAUAAAAUAAUAAAUACUAACGAGGAAAUUCGUCCAUUUGCUUAGGGAUAUUUAUGUUUUUUAGGGAUAAUUAUUUUAACUGCUUUGUUUACUGUACAGUACUCGAUUUUUAAGAUUUUUGUUGGAUGCAUUACUCAGAAACUAGCGAGUGCCACUGAUUCUAAAGUGAUUUCUAAUAAAUAUUGAAUACUGAUAGCAUAGAGUACAGAACGGCAAGAGGUCUAACUGUCCGUACUUCCUUGAAAGGGAAUCCUAUCUCGAAAAUUACUACCACCAGUUAGAGGGCGUCAUGCAAAAAAGUCGUU